UGCAGCAGGGGUGAUUGGCGGUAAAUGUUUUUCUCCAAUCAGAGCGGAGCUUCUUCUCCAGAGUUCCCAGUCUGACGUACCGCGACUCCGUACUUUAUUGGUGGAUUUACCAGAUUUACCCAUACCAGCAGCGAACCUCAGAGCACAUUCGAACCAGGACCAGGGACGGGAUCGGACCGGAUCACAGAGCAGACCGGAUCAGAGAUCCUCCAAAAGACUCUUUCCGGUCUUCUUUGCUCUCCAUUCUCAGGCCUCUCCACUCUACCCAAAGCUUCACUGAGCCUGGACUUUAGACAAAUGAAUUGCUGCCGUCAGGCCCGGCUUUAGGUCCGUAAUGGCCGCACAUCUUCCUUCAGGUGGAGGAUAUGAAGCCCGAACCAGACUCCAUGUUGGUCAUCAUGGCCUCACUGGAUGGAAGCACAGCGGUUGAGACAUUUCUGGCUGCUAUCCAUUUGCAGAGGUACCUGGACACCUUCCACCAAGCCGGCCUUCUAUUAGCCAGAGACUUGUCCCACCUGGACCAUGAUGCCCUGGUCAGUUUAGGUGUAACCGCCACAGGACACAGGAAGAGAAUCUUGCGAUUGGUCAACCACAUUCAGAGGAGAGAGGCUAAAAGAGCCAAUCAGGGAGCAGAUCUCCUAUGCGAUCUCUCAGAAGGAGGAAGCAAUGCCAGAUCACUCCAGCAUUCAGCUGGACCAGGAAGCACUUUCAACCUUGAAAGCAGGUUGAUGAACUUAGACGGAAACAGACCAGCUAUGAAACCAGUUCCUAAACCCAGAACUGUCUUUAACCGCCGCAGGACGGCACCCGUUCAGUUCAAUCCCACACUGGACCCUGCAGGACCACUGCCCAGGAGGCUGUCCCAGGAGUCCAUAUGCUUCACUGUGCUGGAGGGUCUGACCACCGAGGCCUCGCCUGGCAGUGCACAAAUCUCGGAAGCUACAUCCACACCUGCAGACUGCCAGAGACCACGCCAGGUGAGCAGAACAAGGCCCAGCCGCAGCCUUUCUCUGUCCAAUACAGUUGGGUCAGUACCUCCUGUUCCCCCAAGGCUGAACCGCAGCACUGGUGUCUACGUGACGCCACCCUCUUCCUCCUCUGCAGAGAGGCAACUGUUAUCCUCUCCUCCAGGUCGACCAGGAAGUCUGGACGGUACCAGACUCUCUGGAUCCUCAGGUUCUCCCAGAGGGGGGAGCAUGGAGAUGGUCUCCAACGAGAUCUACUGGGGCACCUCUCCCAGCUCUACUGCCACCGGUGGAGGAAGGAGUUUCUGCUGCCAACAAGGAGCUCCUCCGACACCGCCCAGGAACCCGGACCGGAACCUGGACAGGAACAGCGGCAGCACUCUGAGUAACAACUCUUCAGGAUCAGCCAGAGCCUCCACAGACGACCCCGAGGAGGAGAUCAGUCCGUACUGUGAGGCUGUCUUUCACACCAGAAGAUCUCCAACCGCUUCCGAGAGCGACCGAAACCAACCAGAUGACAGAGAAACCAGGACGGAGGAGGGGAGACCUACUGAGGAUCAUGGGUGUCACAAGUUUUUCUGGGUGAAGCGCAUGUCGCAGGUGUUUCACGCUGGAGACGCUCAGGGUUACAGCACCGUCGGAGAAGCUCCGCCCCCUCUUCGCUGCUCCUCACUGCCCCCCCAUUCUCUCCUGGCCGAGGCAGACGAUGACUUGACCAUCUCCCCCUACGCCAGCUACGCCUCCCUGACCGAGAGAGCCCCGCCUAUCAUCAGCAGCUGGCUGGACAAGCUGUCGCCACAGGGGGGUCAGAGGUCAGCGGUGGCUGUUCUGCUGCGUCUCCUACUUUUUGCUCCUUCCUGUGUCUCCUCCUGCCUGUGGAGCUGCCUUUGCCUUGUGCUCUCCUCCUCCUCUUCUUCUUCCUCCACUCGGAAUUACGUUUUCCAGAAGCGCUUUGUGAAGUUUGACGGGAAGAACCUGAUGUACUUCGGCAGUGAGAAGGAUGUCUACCCUAAAGGAGUAAUCCCAAUGGCUGCCAUCCAGAUGGCCCGCUCAGCCAAAGACAACAAGUUUGAAAUUGUGACGAGUCACAGGAUCUUCGUGUUUCGGACUGAUAACGAAGUGCUGAGGCGGCGCUGGGUGGCCACUCUGCAGGAACACAUCAGGGAUCAUCGGGUGUUUGGACUGCGCCGCUUCGGACCCGGAUCUCACUGCCAGAAACACGGAGUCCUCGAGCUUAAAGGAACCAAGUCCAAAGUGUACGCCGCCAUCAACACCGACCAGAUCUGGCUGUACAAGAGCGAGCAGUGCUUCCGGAACGGGAUCGGCAUUACUGUCAUUGAAGCUCGAGGUGCAACGAUCCGAGAUGGAAAACACAGGAGCUUCGACCUCAUCACUCCGUACAAAACCUUCAGCUUCACGGCCGAGUCGGACCGGGAGAAGCGAGACUGGAUGGAGUCUCUGCAGGAAGCGAUUGCAGAGACUCUGUCGGAUUAUGAGGUGGCAGAGAAGAUCUGGUCAAAUCGAUCCAACCGGAUGUGUGCUGACUGUAAGGCCCUGAACCCGGACUGGGCCUCCAUCAAUCUGUGUGUGGUCAUCUGUAAGAACUGUGCAGGGCAGCACAGAAGUCUGGGGACGAUGGUCUCUAAAGUUCAGAGUCUGAAACUGGACACCAGCGUAUGGAGCAACGAGAUUGUUCAGCUGUUCAUCAUGCUGGGCAACGACCGGGCCAACGACUUCUGGGCAGCCCGCCUCUCUCUGUCCGAAGAGUUGGACUGCGAUGCUUCGCCAGAGCAAAGGAGGGAGUUCAUCACUCAGAAGUACCGUGAGGGUCGGUUCCGUCUGGCCCACCCAGCAUUCAACAGUCAGGAAGAGCUGCUGAAGGUCCUCUGCUCCGCUGUCUCUGAACAGACUCUCCUGAAAACUGUCACUCAGAUUUUCUCGGAGGCAGCUCGCUUCGCCGGCGACUCAGACGACCGUCAGCAACAGCAGCAUCACCUGGAGCACGUUAGCCCAUCUGAUCCCAGCGUCUAUGAUGAAAUCAAGCAGCCCGUCCUUCACUCUGGUUUCCUCUACAAGGCCUCUUCGCUCAGCAGGGGAACACUGUCCAGGAAAACCCGGGAAGACUUCCAGAAGUUCUGGUGCUCUGUGGAUCAGUCUCUGGUUCUCUACGAGUCGGAUCACUCGGCUGAUCCCUGCCUGCGGAUCAGUCUUAAGGACAUUGUAUGUCUGGGAGUCAGUCGACCCGACUCGUCCAGCAACAACAACGGGUUCAUUGACAGGUUCCGCUACACCUUCGAGCUGUAUGUGGCGUCAGAGAAGCUGUUCCUGUUUGGGUUAGAGACGGCUGAUGCUCUGCACAUCUGGACCAAAGCCAUCGGACAGGCUGCCACACCACUCAGCUGUCACUGUCUGCUGACCCGGGAGUUUGAACGGGUUGGGCUCUUGCGGUACCGAGCCAUGUUGGACCCUCAGCAGUGGAAAGAAGCCUACUUCGUCCUGCAGAAGUCGAACCUCUUCGUCUGCCCCCGGAACGACGGAGCGGCGGAGGACAUCAUCAAUCUGAACCGACUGCAAGAACUGAGCAUCACCUCAGAGAAUGAGAAUCACAAAAAGAAAGACAUCCUGGUUCUGGUGGAGAAAGGAAGGACUCUCCACCUGCAGGGUGUUGGGCGCACAGACUUCUCUCUGUGGUACUCGGACAUCCAGCGAGCAGCCGGUGGGAAAGGAAACGCUCUGCGGGAGCAGCAGAUGAGCCGGAACGACAUUCCCAUCAUCGUGGACAGCUGCAUCGCCUUCAUCACGCAGUACGGUCUGGGCCACGAGGGGAUCUACAGGAAGAAUGGAGCUAAAUCCAGGAUCCGGCUGCUGAUGGACGAGUUCCGUAAAGAUGCUCGGAACGUCAAACUGCGGAUCGGAGACCACUUCAUCGAGGAUGUGACUGAUGUUCUGAAGAGGUUCUUCAGAGAGAUCGAUGAUCCGAUCUUCAUGGCCGAGCUGCACCCGCUGUGGCAGGAGGCUGCCAAAAUUCCUCAGACGCGCUCCAGGUUGGACCGCUACAAGGAGAUCAUCCGGAGCCUUCCUCGGGUAAACCGGACCACUCUGGCCGCUCUCAUCAGUCAUCUUUAUAGGGUCCAGAAGUGUGCCGGCCUGAACCAGAUGUGCACCAAGAACCUGUCGCUCCUGUUUGCUCCCAGCUUGUUCCAGACCGAUGGGAAGGGGGAGCACGAGGUUAAGAUCGUGGAGGAUCUGAUUGAUAACUACCUGUACGUCUUUGAGAUCGACGAGGAGCAUCAGACACAGAUCGAACUGGAAAUCAGCCUCAUCACCAGCUGGAAGGACACUCAGCUCUCUCAAGCAGGAGACCUCAUCAUCGAAGUCUAUCUGGAGAUGAAGAUCCCUGACUGCUGCAUCACUCUGAAGGUGUCUCCUACCAUGUGUGCUGAGGAGCUGACUAACCAGGUUCUGUACAUGAGGAAUGUCCCAGCCGGAGAAAAGGACGUCUGGAUGACGUUUGAAGCCAUUGAGGACGGCCAGCUGGAACGUCCGUUGCAUCCCAAAGAGAAGGUCCUGGAGCAGGCGCUGCAGUGGUGCAAGAUGGCCGAUCCAAGCUCCGCCUACCUGGUGGUGAAGAGGGUUCCUAAAGGAGAGGGCAUCAACAUCCUCACCUCUUAUAAGAGUGAGAUCAUGAAGAUUGGUCUGCUGCGGUGCCGGGAAGAGCCUCCAAAGCUUCUUCAGGGAAACCGGUUCCAAGAGAGAACAUUCCAGAUCCGAGACCACAAACUUCUGCUGCUCAGAGACAAGAGGAGCAUCAAACCAGAGAAGGUGUGGGCUCUGAAGUCCAUGAAGAUCUACAUCGGAAUUCGCCGGAAGCUAAAAGCUCCAAGCAGGUGGGGCUUCACCGUGAUGUCGGACAAACACCAGCUGUUCCUGUGCUGCAGCUGUGAGGCCGAGCUGUGGGACUGGGUCACCAGCUUCCUCAAAGCUCAGAACAACGAUCCGGGUCCUCCGGUUCUGCGUCGCCAUUCCUCCUCCGACAUCUCCAAGCAGAAGUUUGGCACCAUGCCGCUGGUUCCCAUCAGAGGAGACGAGAGCAACAGCAGCAUGCUGUCGGCCAAUCAGACGCUGAGAAAAUUACACGACAGGAGGACCCUGUCCAUGUACUUCCCCAUGAAGGUCCAGCAGGACUCGUUUGAGGAGCGCUCCGAGUCUCCGGACCUCCCGGAGCCGCUCUACGAGGAGGUGGGGGACUUCGGCCUGCAGGUGCUGAAAUCCCUGGAGACCAGCUUCAGGUCCAGCAGCAUCGCAGAGACCCAGGAGGUCUGGGACCAGCCGCCGCUCAGACUGGUCCUCUCAGAGAGUGGACAUCUGGACCACAUGAUCAGGGGACCAGGGGAGGUCCAGUCAGCUGGAGGCUCCGUGGAAACACUGGAGCAGAGCAGCAGCAGCGGAGGAGCAAACUGCAGUUCUCCUGUUCAGCCUGAAGGGGGCAGAAUGCAGCAGCUGCCAGGACUCUGCACACAAUCACAGGAGCUGCUCCUGCAGGAGCUUUCGUCUGCCUUCAUCAAGACUGGUGAGGAUGAGGAGCAGCAGCAGGAGGAGGAGGAGGACAAGGAGGAGAAACUGUAUGAUGUCUGAGGGACCGGCCCAAGGAGGAGAAAGAACUUUUAACCAGGAAGGUCAGAACCUUCAGAGUAGGCAGAGCCACAUUCCUCAACAGAGGACACUGUCGGGUCACCUGAUGAGGGCUCAGCUCAGGUGGACUCCUUCAGUCUUGGACAGGUGGGGCUGUAGCCACUGAGAGAACGACAUCAUCAUCAUCAUCAUGAGACAGGAAGUCUCAGCUCCGACCGGAACACUUUGGACAAACACUUAAUUGUCUGCUCCAGGUUCUGGUUGGACAUUUUUGAACCAGGUGGGUUCUGAUAAAACUGAUGAGGUAAAAGCAUUGAUUUCAUGUGAACUGAGCAAUGAAGCCCUCCAUGUUGUUGCAGGUGUUGUACAGUGGGGGCGCUCUUCUGGACUAAGUUUAUAAUCUUUAAUAAAGCAUCCUGAGAACUUU